AGCAGAAAGAAGAGAAGAGAAGAGAAGAGGAGAAGGGCAGAGCAGAGAAGGGAAGAGAAGAAGAAAGGGCGAGCUGAGAACACAGACUUCUAUUACGAUAAAGAGAGAAAGAGAGAGAUGGCUUAUUCUUCUUCGUCUUUCAUGGGAUUGAUUGUAGUUGUCGUUGUAGCAGCUUUGCUUCAGUGCACUGCUGCGGUGACCUACACGGUCGGUGACACCACCGGAUGGAUGAUCCCCCCAGGAGGUGCUCAAUUCUACCCCAAUUGGGUCAGCGGCAAGACGUUCGUCGUUGGCGACGUUCUCUCCUUCAAUUUCAUCCCUCAAAGCCACGAUGUCGCCACGGUGACGAAGGCACAGUACGAUGCCUGCACUGCCCCCUCCGAGGGUAAUAUCAUAAAGACGAGCCCAGCAAACAUCACUCUCAACACUACCGGCAAUCACUACUACAUCUGCACAUUCUCUGGACACUGUUCGGCCGGACAGAAGCUAACCGUCAACGUCGUCUCCUCGAGCACUGGCACCCCAACAACACCCCCCACCGUCCCAGCCCGCGGCCCUUCACCACCAACCAACUCCACGCCCCCCAACGCUGCCCCGUCUCUUGCCGCCGGCUUUGGCACUGUAGGUGUUGUUGCCGCCGUCUUCUCCGCCUUCUUCCUUUAGAUGAGUCACUGCCAUGACUGCCAGAUUUUUCUGUCUUGGGUGUUUUUUUUUUUUUUUUUAAAUACAGUGGCCCAUUU